AUGUUAAGUGUGUGUUGCUUGGCGGCUUUUUGGCAGCGUGAAUUUCGUUUUUGCCCCAGCAUUUUUGUUUAUGUUGCAAGAUAUUAGCGGUAACGAGCACAAAAAUGGAGAGCGCACUGGCGCAUGAUUUGGAAAAUAGUGAGCAACGUACAAGUGAUGUGGCCGCCGGUUCAUUUUCUUUCGAGCAACUGAAUUUGAAUCGCAGUCUUUCAAAAUGCCUGCAGGGCCACAAAUUUUUGACGCCAACUAAAAUUCAGGCAGCGGCGAUUCCCAUGGCGAUAGCUGGAAUGGAUCUGUUGGUGCAAUCCAAAAGUGGAACAGGAAAAACUUUGAUUUAUGUGCUUGCCGCAUUACAAAAGAUAGAUAAGUCGGUGGCCAGUCCGCAGACUUUGAUUAUUGUGCCAACUCGUGAACUGGCCAUACAGGUGGAGGACACUGUUAACGGCUUGGCGAACAAAUUGCACAACAGAAACGCUUACCUGUGUGUUAGUUUCAUUGGUGGCACAGAUGUGAAGCGAGAUCGCAUGCGCAUGGCUCGAGGGCGCAUUAUAGUGGGCACACCAGGUCGUCUGCUUCAUCUCAUUCAGAACAACGUAUUCAAUACGUCGGCAGUCAAGCUGCUCGUGCUGGAUGAGGCAGACCAAUUGUAUUGCACUGAUUCAUUGCAGAAGGAUGUGCAAGCGCUCGUUGCAUCGCUGCAGCCCGGGAUUCAAAUAAUUGCCUGUAGCGCUACCUAUCCGAAUGCGCUAGACGAGCGUCUUGCCAAGUUGAUGCACAAGCCAGUGCUGGUCUCUAACAGCGAGCGAGCCACCAUACUAGUGGGCGUUCGGCAAUUUGUCUAUGAAUUGCCAGCACAAGUGAACAGCAUGCAGGAUAUGAUGUCUAAGCUGAAAGCGGUGCAGAAGAUAAUUACCCAAGUGGCCUAUGACCAGGUUAUACUUUUCGCCAGCUCGCAAAGUCGCGCCGAUUCCUUUCGCAACUAUUUGCAACGGGAUGGCAUCGAAUGUGAACUUAUGUCUGGAGCUAUGAAGCAGAGUGAACGGUUGCAGACAUUCCAGGCCUAUCGCAACUUCAAAAUGCGCAUAAUAGUGUCCACUGAUUUAAUGGCACGAGGUGUUGAUUCAUCGCAUGCGAACUUGGUUAUUAACUUGGAUCCACCCAACGAUCUGGUGACUUACUUGCAUCGCAUUGGGCGUGCUGGGCGCUUUGGCUCCAAGGGCAUUGCCAUUACAUUUAUUUCCUCGCCACAACAGUGCCAAUCCUUUAAGCAGAUCAUUGCAGAUGCCGGCACUGGAAUGUCGGUGCUGCAAUUUCCGGAAGAUAGCCACGUAGACUUCAAUUUUUGGGAUUAUGAUUCAUACGAUUUUCCCUAUUAUGUCAAAGCGGAGGCAUAUGAGCAAGAGGAAAAAGAGCUAAAGCGAAUCAAACAGCGCUGGAAGAGUCCCACUGAUGAAGAGAACGCACCUAACACAGUCGAAAAUGAUGAAAAUGCAUCUCAAAAACAAAACGCCCAUAGUGAAGCGGCGAAAGAUCCAAAUAUAUCCAAUGAUGUGAAUAAUACUCCGGAUAAAGAAUCAUAUGCUGCAGGACCAACUCUAAGUAACACUGACUUACAAGGUGCUAAAUAUCAGAUUAAAAGCGUCUUGAGUGAGACUAUAUCAGUUCAGUUGAAUCAAGAAAAGGAGCUAAAUAUGCAAGCUAUUGAGAAAACAAUUAUUGCAAGCAAUAAGGAAAAUGUCUCAGACAACAUAAUACAAAGUCGACCAAUAGACGAUGCCAACAUCCCGCUCAAAGCAACUGGAGAAGAUCGAUUGAAACUUACAACACCUCAGGAAUUGACCAUAGAGCUCGUAGAGCUGACUCCUUCAACAGAAAUGCCUGGUGCAGCACCAAACUCAAUUAAUACUAAAACCUAUUGCCUAGUUGCACCUACAGAGGGCAGUUCAACUACCCUCCAUCCACAGGGCGUAUCGAACACUGUCGAUGAUGCCAGCAGCAUUAUUUCGGAUAGUAUAGAGAACGAUUAUGAUAGCGAUGCUUCCUACACCAGUUGCUAUUCGGCAGGCGACAUGCAAAUCAUCUGGCAACGUGCAUUGUCUCAGCGAAAAUUGCGAAAACGACGACAACGCAAUGCCCGGCGCCACAUAUACCUAUACCAUAAACGGCGCAACGUACGAAAGUUAAAAUAUUGGGCGAAUGAACGUAAAAAUGACGAUGAACAAGCAGAGGCAUGGCUAGAUGAAUCGCAUGACAUAAAACUGUUGCGCCAGCUGCACGAACUUGUUUGUCGACGACCUCGGAAAUUUCAAGUGGAUAAACUGCUGACUGUAAUCUCAAAGGAACGAAAACUUUUUCAACUCCUGGAAAAGUUUGAUAACUCUCAAGAAGUUAAAAGACACCUAACAGCUCUUAUAAAUAGAAAGAAUUGGGACUCCCGGUUGUCUGGCAAAUGGGUAGAGCUUAUAUAUGAUUCAGUGUGGCACUUCUACUAUGUGGAUCAUAGCAAGUCAAAGGAGGUUAAGAAACCCCUAUUGCCGUAUGUUCCCAAUUUGGACAACUACAAUAGGCUAAUAAAUAUUAUAAAGGCGAAUUCUUGCUUACAACAGCCGCUAGGCAAUCUAGAAAGAACUUGUCCACAACAGCCAUUGAACAAUCUAGAAGCGACUUGUUGUCCACAACAGCCUUUGAGCAAGCUAGAAGGAACUUGUCUACAGCCAUUAGGCAAUCUAAAGAGGAAUUCUUUUCCACAAGAGACAUUGAACAAGCUAACCGUGCACGUGAAUCAACAAGUAAAUAUACCGCCUGAUAAUGGAGCAGAUGAACAAAGAAAUGCUGAGGAGGCGUACUCUGUGAAUUCAGAUUCAGAGGCAUCCAAUGUGCCAGUAGACGAAAUGGCACACGAUAUCGAUGCUAACAGCGACAAUGAUAGUGUGGACGCUGAGAGCCUGGAGCCGAAUUCAUCGAGCGGAUUUGUGGAAUCAACAGAGAGCGCAUCCUCGGGUAUCGAGUCCUCUCAGUAUGAAACUAGUUCUUCUAUUACUUUAGAUCCGAACGCGUAUGAGGGGGAAGAAGAAGAAUACGAAGAGGAAUAUGAAGGCGAUGAGGAAUACGGAGAGGAAUACGAAGAGGAAAUUGUAGAGGAAGAACAAACUAACGAUGAAGAGAUUGGCAAUGAGACAGACGACUUGCAUAGCAAUGCUAGCCAAUCAGACACUGUGAGUACUCUUACCGCGGACGGCGAAAAUGAUUCAGAUGAAUUACAUGCUGGAACUGAAAGUGAGCAACAGGAUAUAGAAAGUGAUGAUAAUUCAAGCGAUGAGUUUGAAGUAGCUCAAGCACGCUGGCAAUAUUUGUUCCAGAUGCAGUAUCGUUUUAUUGCUAACUACGUUUACAACUAUACGUCGCUAUAUAGAAGCCAGAAUUAAGUACGUUUAUUAUCAUUAUUCAAGCGCUAUGAAAGUGCGAUUCCUAGUCUCGAAAGUCUGACAACUACAGAAACUCAGGCAUUAUAUUUUAUUUUUGAAGUGAAAUGAAGUAUUCGAAAAUAUGCUGAAUCAGCUGUUUGUAACUUAGUUAUUUAAGUGAGUGAGCAUUUCUUGCUAUGAUGUGAAAUGUCAGGUAACAACCGGAGUAAACCGUAUUCUAAAGAAUUAGAUGAAUAUAUCUCUCGUUAAAGCAAACUGUUGUAAAACUAACUAUAAUUAAAAUGCAACUGAAUUGCAAAAUCGUUUUUACUUACUUUUCUAAAAAUAUGAUAUGAAUAAGUAACGGAAACUGAACACAAUUAAUUUUAGUGACAUAAAAUGUGUAACUAAAGCGCCAAACGCGUGUAUAUAGUUUAGAGAGUUAUUUUAUUACUUUUUAAAAUGAAAUGGUGAGGAUUUCCCUAUUAAACUUUUUGUAUUGUUUAUAUAAAUAUCUGCAUUCAAUAUUUGAAAGAUUACUGAAUUUAUAAUACGGAAUGAGUACUCGAGUUGUGGAUCGAUACUGCGCCGAUGUUUUUUAGAUUAAUUAUAUAAACUAAAAAUAUAUAUAAUUAUAUAUAUAUCCUUUGCUAUAGUUGUAUAUUUUGAUGGAUUUAACAAGUUCACAACUUCCUAUGAAAUAUAUUAAAAUUUGGUUUAUUAAUAACAAAAGCAUUUCAAAUGAAAA